UGAUCGGACUUGUUUGACUCGUAUCUCACUGGAAGAAGAAGACGAAGUGACCACUUCCCGUGAUAACGUAGAGCACAAGCGCACACACUUAUAGGAAGUAGCGUUUUCCUGUAAAUACGGAGCAUUUUCCCGUACGAUAACGUUAGCUAACGAUACAGGCGGUCAGUAAGCUAAUUAGCGAAUUUGCAAGAUUGUCAACUUUCCCGAGACAGAUGGCUUAUCCAGGAUAUGGAGGAUAUGGGGCCAUGCCUGGCCAGGGAAUGCAGAUGCACGGGGGAAUGAUGGGGGGUCCCCCGCAAGGAGGGUUUCCCGGACAAGGUGGCUACCACGGGACUUUUGCUGCUCCUUCUCCUGCUGUUAAUGACCCCAUGUGGGGUUACUUCACAGCUAUUGCUGGGCAGGAUGGAGAAGUCGAUGCGGAGGAACUGCAGAGGUGUCUGACGCAGAGCGGUUUCAGUGGCAGCUAUAAUCCGUUCAGUUUGGAGACUUGUAGAAUCAUGAUCGCUAUGCUGGAUCGGGAUAUGACGGGGAAGAUGGGAUUCAACGAGUUCAAAGAGCUUUUCACGGCUCUGAACGGCUGGAAGCAGAACUUCAUGAUGUUCGACCAGGACAGGAGCGGCACGAUGGAGCCCCACGAGCUGGCACAGGCCAUCACCUCCAUGGGUUACAGGCUCAGCCCUCACGCGGGCAACGCCAUCAUGAAGCGCUACAGCAAGGGCGGCAGGAUCUUCUUCGAUGACUACGUGGCGUGCUGCGUGAAGCUUCGCGCGCUUACAGAGAACUUCAGGAAGAGAGAUGCCAUGCAGCAAGGAGCGGUAAACUUCCAGUAUGAUGAUUUCAUCAUGUGCACCAUGGCAGUCUAAGGGACCCCACUGAUGUUCUGCUCUGCAAGGCCACCUACGGAGAACAGGAUUUUCAAAUAGAUGCCACCAAGGGCAUUAAGACUACUAGACCAGAGGAUUUGAUACAGUCGUGUGCUUUUGCUAACCAUCACAUAAAAAAAACAAGAUAUACAUAUAAAUAUGCAUUUAAUCAUUUUUAUUGUGCUAUGCAACGCAAGGAUGUCACUUAAAUUUAACUGCUUGCGCGAAUCGCUACUAAGUGUGCUAAGUGAGAUACUGUUGUAUUUUUUUUAUUUUUAUUUUUUUAUAUCUGGUGCCAACAUCCGUUUUUUAAUAUUUUCAUAUCUGGAUUGUUAUUGUAAUCUGUGCUUAUGCUCUGCUAGAGUAAACAUUAACGACUGAACAAUGGGAUAGUUUUCGACAGCAGUCCCAAGAUUUUACACUUUCGCACGUUUGGAAGAUAUUCCUUCGACCACUUUCCAGUCACACUUGAAUUUAUCGCAGCUGUUCUGUUUCAUUGCCUGUGUAACGGUGAAAAUGUAAGAAGUCAAUGGAUAUAGGGCUCUGUAUUACUCUGUAUCAGUGAUCUCAAACUCCAGACCACGCUGUAUGCAUGUUUUAGUGGUUUCCUCCAAUCAGCAGCCAGACUGAUUCGGCAUGGAUUGUUGAUUCACUCCAUUCAGCGACUUCAAUUAAGCGCUUAACGUUACGAAAACCAACAGAGAUCUGAGUCUGAGAGCCCUGAUCUACAUAAUCUGCUAACUGCUUCCUGUACGCCACGCCAUCAUGUUCUACUGCCAUGUAUAGAGAGCUUCAUUAUACCUGUUUCAGGGACAUUAAAAGUUUUUAUUCAUAAGAAA